GUUCAGUCCGUUCCAGAAACGAUGCAUGACGGCCCUGCUCGCCUGCUGCGGCUUUUCAGCCACAAUGUCGACGACCAGUGUGCUCGCUGCUGUGCCUGAGAUUGUGAGUGACUUUGGGACAACCGCGACAGUUGUGACCAUCAGCAACGCUGUCUAUCUCCUGAUAAUGGGUCUAUCCUCGUGCUUAUGGGGCCCGGCCUCUGAUGUCUUUGGCAGGAGAAAGAUCUACCUGUGUACGCUGAUUCUUUUCUGUGGAUUCUCACUUGCUACUGCGCUGUCGCCAAAUAUCGCGGCCUUCUUUGCCUUCCGUGCAAUCACUGCGUCUCAGGGAAUAGCCUUUCUGAUCCUGGGCUCCAGUUGCAUUUCCGAUAUAUACCAUCCGAGAGAACGCGGUACGUCACUGGCCUGGUUCCUUGCUGGCUCGAUGAGUGGCUAUGCGUUUGGACCUGUUAUUGGCGGCGCCAUCGUCACAUAUACAUCCUGGAGGGUCAUCUUCUGGCUACAGACCGGAAUGAGUGCGUUCUCCUUAAUAUCCAUCUACUUCUUCCUCAAAGAGACACUCCUUCCAGUCAACCGGCAAUAUCGCGCUUCUGAAUUGGGUGGGACAACGCCACGGAAACUGGUUCUGAAGCUUUGGCAAUGGAUCAAUCCUUUGGGAACAAUAAAAUUAUAUGGGCAGCGGAAUCUUCUUUUCACAAUUCUCGCGUCCUCGGCACUGGUGUGGAAUAUGUAUUCGCUGCUGACCCCCGUACGAUAUACUCUUAACCCACGCCUAAACCUAGCCAAUCCAUUACAGUCUGGACUGCUAUUCCUGGCACCCGGAGCUGGGUAUCUAACUGGGGUCCAAAUUGGAGGUCGUUGGGCAGACUUUGUGAUGAAAUACUGGACUGAGAAGCGUGGAUACCGAAGACCAGAGGACCGUCUGCGGAGCUCUCUCUUCUUUUUAGGAAUUCUGAACCCCGGUGCUAUGAUUGUGUAUGGGUGGAUGAUUGAUCGCCGGCUUGGUGGCAUUCCUGUUCCUAUAAUAUGCAUGCUGCUACAGUGGUUCGCGCAAACUGCAUCGUUCGUCAGCUUGAACGCUUACAUUCUGGACGUCAUGCAGCACCGAAGCGGGCAGGUUUCUGCAAGCCAUUAUAUGAUGAGGUUUGCGAUCGGGGCCGCCGGGACGACAGUCUGCCUGCCCCUGAUCCAACACAUCGGCAUCGGAUGGACCUCGACUAUCUCGGCGGCCUUUCUCGUUGUUAGUGCUGCAUUGGUUUGCUGGACUCUUGUAUCGGGCGAGUCCUGGCGCGAGUCCUCGUCAGCACAAUAUACACAGCAGCCAGGCCUCCUCAACCACAGCCAUCACUACAAUUCUGCCUGCGAGUAAGUACUCAGUAUUAGGCAUGGAGUUACUUCGUCGGGCUACACUGUCUUAUUGCGGUAUUGCGAACGUGCAUCUCGCAGUUGGCAUCAUCUCAUGCCGUAAAAGCACUUCAUUAUCUUCAUAGGGACGUGAGAAAGCCUAGUAUUCGC